CUUCAAGACCGGCUGAAAGCAGUAUCUGAGCUCGAAAUGUACGUCUACACAACCCGCCAACUAACGACUUUGCCGGGUGGUUCACUCAUGAGCUGGAUAGCCCCAACCGAUCUGGCAUUGAUACGAUCCACCCUUGAGACUGCCAUCUACUGGUUGGAUGCUCACAAGACCGAUUUAACACUUGAGAAAUCAGUGUUUGUGGCCAAAAAACUGGCUUUGGAGGAGAUCUUGCAACCUCUUAUCGCUAAAGCACAAGCGGCUGCGAUCGAACAGAACGAAACAAGUCACGAGCCUGUCCUUUCAGCGAAAUACGAACUUUGA